AUGACGCCCCAGUACCCUUGGGAAAAAGCCCAGUCCCCUCCCCCCAGCGAUCUCUCCUCAUCCAGCCUCUUCUUUAGCCCUUGCCUCUUCCCUCUCGCCACUCGGUCCCGAACCUCCGCCCCAGCUCUCAAGCGCCCCGGGCCUCCGCUCUGGGUUCUCACCAUCUCCCUGCGCCGCAGCUCCCUCGGCUACGCGGGUUUCCCCCACUCGCUCCUCUCCAGCCUCCCCUUCCGGGUUCCCGCCCCGAAGCCCGCUGGGAAUUGGAGUCCGGGCGGCUACGGACUACACCUCCCAGAAGGCAGCACGGCCAAGCUUUCGAAGAUGUGGGAUUCCAGCAGAUAUCUAUGUUCCCCUGAACAGCCCAUACCCAAGAAAAGCUGGACCUUGCGUCUGUGCUCCCUAGUGGAAGGGGAGGUUGGCAUGAGCUUCUCUGAACCACAUGGACUGAGAGUAGGGGAGGGGAGGUUCACCAAAGGAAACUAUUACCAGAAAGCUAACCAAAACCAGCUCUUGUCCCAAAACAGGAAGCAGAGGAAAAACCACACCAGCAAACUCCACGAGCUGGCAUUGCUGCUACCUGUGCCCCUGAAGACCGGUCGCAAGAAGCUCACCAAGAAGGAGAUUCUGCUGCACGUCCUGCAAUACAUUCAAUACCUCCAGAGAAGCAUCGAUGUGGCCAAGGCCUUGCUCACAUUCCACAUCACCAAUGGGGAAAGUGGACUUGGGGGGCUGGGCUGGAACCUCGCUGUGGGCCCAGCAAGGUGGAGACAGUCCACCCCGUCUAGCUCCCCACACUCUUUUAAGUCCUGUCUUCAGGGAGCCUGCCAAAAACCUCAGAAGAAGAAGCUGACCCGAGCAUCAGAUUGCCGGACCCAGGCCCAGAACCCUCGCCGCUGUCUGGCCCUGGACAAGCCCAGGAAGCAGGUGACCCCAUCCUCAGACCAGAAAGGAGGAAACAUAGGGGGGAUCACCACUCCUGCAAGAUGCCUGGAACCCUGCAUUUGCCCUACGGCUGCAUCGUCCCCACCUCAAGGUGACUGAAAGGGAGGAAGAUCCUGGCUGCUGGAUAUGGCUGAGAACAGUGUCCAGUGUGACAUCUCAAGCUGCUAUUACACAAAGAGCUCCCAGGAUGAUGGGCCUUACCCUGCCUUUGAGGCCCAGAACGGGGCUGAGAGGAUCCAUUUUCUCACCAGGACACAGCCCUUUCCCAGGCAGAAGCUGGUGUUCUACGAUUCCAGUGAGGAGGUGAACCAGGAGUCCCCAGACGCUGACCCUUGGCUUCCUGCCUGGACCCCAGAGGGCAGCCCCCAUGGGAGCCCACUGGCCUUGGGGCCUCCCCAGAUGGCCUACUGGAGUGGGACGGGCCUCCCAAGUGAAAUCCUAGGCCUCAGCCCUUCCCUGUUCAGCUCUCCAGGGAAAUUGCUGCCAGAAAAGAUCCUGGAGGAUGGUGCCGAGUCUCUGACCCAAGCGCUCUUUGGAGAAGCGUUCUUAGAUCCUGUGUCUUCACCUUCUGCCUGCAUGCUCGAGGUACCACAGAAGAACAUACCCUCUGAGGCCCCCGAAGAUCCUUCUGACCCCCACAGCCUGUCCCAGCCCAUGGUCUCGUGGGACCACUGCUACCUCUCGCUGAGUGAGAACAGCAAGGGGCCAUCCAGCCCCGGCUCUGAGGACUCGGACAUCAACACAGAGUCGGUGUGCAAGCUGCAGGAGGAUGCUCAGGCCGACCCCAAGGGCCCUCAGUCCUCCAGCGAAGAGGACGGAGACUACACACGGACCCCAUCCCGGUGGACCUCGACCCUGCCCGCAGCCUGGAGGAAGAAAAGAAAGGGCCGGGCAGACAGAUGCCCUAUGCAGCCCAAGAAGGAGACAGCCCCCUGCCCCACCCAGAUGAAGAAAAAAUGUGUCAAUGGCUUCAUCAUGUUCUGCAGGAUGAACCGGAAGCAGUAUAUCCGAUUCUGCCCGGGAACCGCAUCCACAGCUGCCACCAAGGAGCUGGCCCAACUCUGGCGAAUGAUGACCGAGCAGGAGCGGAAACCAUAUUGCAUCAAAGCUCGAAGGUUCAGCCACAGGCACAACCGGAUUGUGAAACAGAAGAACUCCAGCAGCGAGGACGAGGACUGGGGGACUCCUAAGCCAUUCUACCAGCUGAUGGCCGAGAAGGCCCGCUGUUCCUCAAAGCGGGCCUCUCUGCCUCCUUGCCGCAAAUGAGAGGCUAACUCGCCUCACCUCUCCUCCCUGGCCACCUUGCAGCUCCUGCUGCUCUCCUUUGAAAGGAGGAACCAUGAGGAAGAGGUUGCCCCCUCUUGGGCCUCACCCCUGCCAGUGCAGGUCCCUUUGGCCAGUUCCUGUGGAGCUGGGAGGGGGCCGAUUUAUUGACCUGAUGCUUUAUGUGUUUGCCUUGUCUGUGGGCAGCUGAACUCUGCCCUCCCACAGCCCAUGCCCUUCUCACAGCUCCUUUCUACUUCGGGUACAUCAGAGGAGCUGCCGGCGGGAGGAGCCCCAAAUGAAAUGCGGGGAGGUGAAGUUAAGAAGGGGCUCCCCUCUGCCCUACCUCGCCUAGCUUAGAAUCAAAUGGUUUCAACUGUGUUCAUUCUCACCUUAUCCUACUCCUCCCUCCCAUUCUAUUUAUAGAUUAUUUAUUGUUGCCAAAAAAAUAAA